AUGUCUCGUGAUCUAGAACUUACUGUAGAAUUAAUCGAUAAUCUACAAGAGAUUAUAAACAUUCAUUCAAGUUAUUUAAGUGACUACAUCAAUUUAUUGAAUAGAUAUAUUAAUUAUCUGAAAAAAAUAUCUUCUUUGAAAAACGAAAGAACUACACUAAUCAAAUAUGUUAAGAAAUUAAGAUAUUUCAAUAAUUAUUACACAUUUGAUGAACAAAUCUAUUCUAAAGGCGGGUCUAAUAAUAAUAAUCAAGAUCAAAAUAAUGUAUCUAGGAACGACGUUCAAGAUUAUACUGAUAUUGGCGGGGGACAGAAUGGUUCUGAAUAUGAAUACAAUUAUGCUCCUGAUGUCAAUGAAAGUAGCAACAAUAUAACUUAUGGAAAAUUAACACCUGUUAUUCGCCGUAUCUCUGGUUUUAAUGUUAAAGUUUUGGAAAUUUUGGAUUUAUUAAAUUUUCAAAUCACACAAUCCCUCAGAAAUGAAAUUCUAUCAAAGACUUUAAACUAUGAUAUUGUAUUAACCGAUGUUUCGAUUACUGAUUUAGAGGAUACAUUUAGACACUUUGUUAAGUUUAAUCAAUGGUUUGUCGAAUCAUUGGAGCUAAGAGGUUCCGACCCAUUUACAUUAGAUAAAAGUAUAGCAAUUGAGAUAGUGGAAAUUGCUAGAAAAUGUGCUAUUGAAGAUGGUGUUGAUCUGGAAAAUAGUGGUGAUAUUUUACUGCAAGAAUUUGAUGUUGUUAGUGAUGAACACGAAUAUUGCUUGGUUAUGAAAGAAUGGGGGAAAAUGUUGCAAGGAAAGUUACAGAAAUUUAAUGAUGUUGUGGAAAGAACCAGUUCUCAAUGGCAUAAAAAUAAAUAA